AUUAUAUAUGAGAUUAACAUGACGGGAGAUGUGUUGUUUUAUACAUAUGUGGCUGUGUUUUGAAUUAUGUAACUGUGAAAUGUAAGCAACGAUAAGGUUUCAGUCACUGGAGGUGACGAAUCACACGGACAGGUUUCAGUCGUAAAACACUGUCGUAAAAACGUCGACGGCUUUCCUGCCGCGGUUUACGGCAGUCACUGCAAUGAGGGACAAGACUGCAGUUUUCGUUGCACUUUUCUUCUGAGUGUGUCUUUCACAGACUGACACUGUGUUGGAGGAUGGACCCUGUGGUGCUGAGCUACCAGGACAGCCUGCUGCGUCGCUCUGACGUGACCUUACUGGAAGGACCUCACUGGCUCAAUGACCAAGUCAUUGGUUUUGCCUUCGAGUACUUUGCUUCUGAGAGCUUCAGAGUCCUCGGGGAGACCAUCACCUUCAUCAGCCCCGAGGUCACCCAGUUCAUCAAGUGUGCUUCCUGCCCCAAUGAGCUAGCUCUGUUCCUGGAGCCGCUGGAUCUCGCCUCUCGUCAAUGGGUCUUCCUCGCCGUUAACGACAACUCCAACCAGAGCGCCGGUGGAUCCCACUGGAGCCUCUUGGUCUACCACCACAGCUCCAACCACUUUGCACACUAUGACUCUCAAAACGGCAGCAAUUCACUGCACGCGCGGCGCAUCGCCGUCAACCUGGAGCCCUUCCUGGGCGCCGGGAGGGAAGCGCUGUUUGUGGAGGAGCCCUGCCCGUCGCAGAAGAACAGCUAUGACUGCGGCAUGUACGUGAUCUGUAUCGCAGAGGCCUUGUGCGAGAAGGUUAGGGUGGAGGGCUCGCCACGUCUUCCCGUGCAAAUCAUCACCCCGGCCUACAUCACCCAGAAGAGGGCUGAGUGGUGCAGACUGAUCCAGAGUCUAGCUCAGAAUGACCUCUGCUGCGCACUGACCUUAGCACAUUGACUGACCCUCACUAUAUGCAGAACAGCUGUCAGCCUUUACAGAUCUACUGUUGGAGCGUCUGAAUGAACUCCUUAAAUACAGUAUAAAACUACAUCUGACAUAUAUUUCUAUUACAGUCUCUAUCAUACUCAAUAAUAGAGAAAAUGUUUAAAAAGAAAACGGUUACAACAAACGUGGUGUCAUGUUUAUGUCUUGUAUACGCACAGCAACAUACACUAUGUAAACCUGAACACCAGCAUGCCUAUAAUGGAAUUUACUCCCAUGUAUUUGUGAGGAUGGAGAAAAGGUCGUGUCUAAAAAGGAGGCACAGACGUUCUCUGCUGUAUUAGUUUGGGGCGAUUGUAGAAAUGUUUACACAGAUUAUUGCUCAGGGUCAUUUCAAAUGAACUAGUAUUGACGAUAAGAAUGUGAAUUUUAACUUUGGCUCCUGCUUUUUGUCACAUACUCAUUCUGUCUGUUUGAACGGGCGUCAAUGUCUACAACUACGAACUUUUAGUUUUUGAAACGUUUAAAAGCAAAUUGCUGUAUGAGGGUGAGCCGUGCACUGUGUGUUGUGGCUGUUUACGGGACAAAAGGCAAUGUUGAGAGGUGGAAUGUAUGAUAUGUUCUCACAAAAAGCAUCAAACUCAUAGUCUGUUGAGCUA